CGCUUGAUCGAUCAUCAACAAACAAGAGCUCACCUCAGACGCUCAAGAGCUCAGUUUUCAUCAUCACGGUCUUUGCUUUGGAAAACAUGAGCAAUGAUAAUAUCUCCAAGAAACUAGAUAGCAUCUUAGGGCUAGAAAUCAAAGUGUCCAAUAUACUUGAUGUUGAAACAAUUGGAACUGUGUACUCCUAUAUUGCUGUUCCAAGUACCUUAAUAAUCCAAGUACCUUCACAAACCGCUGCAGGCUCUUCCUUCAAUUACAAAGUUCUACGCACAUCUAAUAUCAAAUCUUUAGAGGUAAUUUCCAAAAAGAUUGAUUCUUCUAAGAUUGCAAAAAUAACAGAGGUUGAUGCUUCUCAAGUUCCACAGAUCACAAAGAGAAAUACAGAGGCCAUCGAAUUGAAAAAAAAACUUGGAAUGAGAACGCAACUAAGGAAGGACAGCAUAUAUUCAAUUCCGUUUACAAAACUAUGCCAAAUGUUAGAUGGAAAGGAACGUCCAUUAUCAUUCUGGAUGAAGUUCAGAUAG